AUGGCAACUUAUGCGUCACCCACUCCUGCUGCAUUCUCAUCCCACUUCAGUCACUCCCGCCAAUCAUCCCAUCGACCAAUCACUCGGACAGCUGCUGCUCGAAUGCAACCUAUUCCCUAUAUCGCGCCUUCCGAUCGAGAUUCUCAGGUUGGAAGAAAUCUAACUGGAGACAGUUCCGAUGAUGAAGACCUUGCUCCAAUUAAGCUGAGUGCAGAAGCCCAGGCAAUUCUAGGCGAGGACAACUCUCAACCAGAGGCAGAAAAAGAGAACAUCGAUCCCCUGCCACCAAGGACGAAGCCUGGGUUUGGGAGAAGCACUCCCGUUGAGAAUUGGAGGACUAUAAGUCCCCAAUUCCAGCAAGAUGGGAGUCCUGCUCCACGCGUCGUUCGAGUAACAGCUGGCAACCGGCCUGGACCACCAACCAUACUUGGAAGAGACGGCUCAUUUAUGUACAAAAUUCAUGACAAGUCAACUGCCCAAGUGCGCCAGCAAGCAACCGAUUCACAAACACCGGCACCCAGGAUCAGACGCAUCCGCGUCAGUGAUUCGAGACGUUUGUCUCGGUCCCCACCAGCUGAGAAAUCUCCGAGCUCUUCAAGGCAGGACAUAGAAGAAACGAGGCCUGAAAGCUCCCCUCGGACUUCGAUCGAACAACAACCAGAUGCUCAGAGUAGUCCAGAGGAGGAUGGCCCGGCAGUCCCUUCAACAAUCAUGCGCUCAAAACGCAUAGAUGAGAACGGUGCCCAAAGUACAAUGCGUGUCAGGAGGAUUGGAGGCGCUUUGCUCAACAGACCUGUCCGCCGAGGUAUGGUCCGCCGCCAGAGUGAAGAAGAGGAUGCUGAAAUCGACCAUCAAUCCAUGGCAAGAUCUACGACCCCCGAAAGAGAAGCUGGUCGAAGGGCUCCAGAGCCAUUGGCCGAUUACCCGGACGAUCUCCUGGCCUUGCAGGGGAGUCCCAAGCAAAUCAAAGUUGGAAGAGUUUCUCCCAAAGCACUGUCGCCAAAGUCCUCGGAGCGGCAAAAGUCACAACCACCCUCGAGGCCAUCCUCAAUCCAGAGGCCACAUCCAACACCAGUUGCGAUUGAGUCACAGUCUUCCUCCAAAUCGUCCAGUUCGCGUAGAGACCCCAUCUUCAAGGUUCCACCACUACCUCCAUUACCAGCCUCGCAUGACCAAGAAAAUGAACCACCCCCAACUUUUCGUCGACCAAAACAGGCAGUCUCACUCCUUGAUGUGCACGAAGAUAAACCUGCAUCAGAACCAAGAGCAGAUGAUCCCGCGCCAGUCAGUAUCUCGCCAUCUCGUCAACCAUUGGCAUCGAGAUCGAACAACACACCUCACAGACCCGCCCCACCUCCACCACCCAAAAUGUCAAUACUAGAAACAGCUACGUCAAAUGCAGGCACGCGGAACAAAAAGUCGGUCCACUAUGUUUUGAACGGCAAAACUUAUAGACGACUAGAUUGUAUAGGCAGAGGAGGAUCCUCCAGGGUGUUCAGGAUCAUGGCAGAAAACUACAAGAUUUUUGCCUUGAAAAGAGUCAACUUGGAAGAUGCCGACAUGGCUGCAAUAGCCGGGUACAAAGGAGAGAUCGACCUAUUGAAAAAGCUGGAAAACGUGGAUCGUGUCAUUCGAUUGUACGACUACGAGGUGAAUGAAGAGAAAGGGGUUCUUAAUGUUAUGAUGGAGUUGGGAGAGUCGGAUUUCAAUAAGAUGUUAAAUGAGCAGCUCAAAAGCGAGAGCGCAAAACUUGACAUCACUUUCACACGGCACUAUUGGAAAGAGAUGCUGGAGUGUGUCCAGGCCGUACAUGAACAUGACAUUGUCCACUCGGAUUUGAAACCCGCCAAUUUCCUCCUGGUCAAGGGUCAGCUCAAACUCAUCGACUUCGGCAUUGCCAACGCCAUCCAGGAUAACACGGUCAAUAUCCACCGCGAAAACCAAAUCGGAACCCCGAACUACAUGUCCCCCGAGUCCCUGGUAUGCCACACACCAGCAGCAGGCUCCGCACCUGGAACAAAGCUUCUGAAAUUGGGUAAACCCAGCGACGUGUGGUCACUUGGCUGCAUUCUAUACCAGCUGACAUACGGCCAGCCCCCAUUCGCGCACAUCACGAAACAAUUCGAGCGCAUCAUGAGCAUCCCGAAUCCGAAAGUGGAGAUUCAGUUCCCCUCGACGGGCGUGGGCGGCGCUGUCGUGCCCUUUGGCCUGAUAAAGACCCUGCGACGCUGUCUAACGCGUGAACAGAGUCUCCGGCCCACUAUCAGAGAGCUCCUCAGCGACGCCGAUCCGUUCCUGAACCCCGUUGCCAUCAGCCCCGACAUGCUGGGUCGCGUCAUCGGUAACGUCGUCAGCUACUGUCGUAGACGAGAAGAAACGAUGCGGAAGAAUGGUGAGUUGACAUAUACCGAGGACGGCGCGACGUGCCUGCCCAAGGACGAGGAUAUGAAGAAUUGGCCCUGGGCUUUCUACGAAAAAUUGAAGCAGGCGCAGGAGGAGGGAACGGCUUGGUGA